ACCCUUGUAUCUUGAUUUUGAUGCUGCCUACUAAGUGUUUGAUGAAAUACCUGUAAAAUAUCGCUGCUGUUUUGCAUACUGUGGGAAAUUGAACGUGCACUCCAUGUGUUUGAGAAAAUGCCGCACAGGCUCCAACUCGGCUCGAACUGGCCCAAGCUGCUGACUGAACCGAGCCAAGCUGGCCAGUCAGGCUCAAGGACUGAGCUGAGCCGAGUUCGAGAUGGGGUCAGCCAGUGGCCGAGCCGAGUCGAGCUGUGCCAAUCUCAACUCGGUUCAAAUCGUGUACAACUAUACUUGAACAAAAGAUUGUGAUGAAAGUCCCGAUGAUGAACGAUCCCAAGUGCCGGUCCAAGGCCAUGAAAGCUGCAGUCAGCAUACCAGGUGUUAUAUCUGCUACGUUGGAGGGCAAUGAUAUGGACCAACUUGCAGUGGUUGGCAAUGAAGUCGACUCAGUCAAAUUGACAACCCUGCUUAGAAAGAAGAUGGGAAUCACAGAGCUCAUUAGCCUCGCAGUGGUUGAUGAGAAGAAGGAUGAGGAAAAGAAAGAGGAAGAGAAAAAGCCGGAAACUGUGGUGUGGCCCACUUCUUGGGCCUACCAAUACAGCGGGCCACAGCCAGUGCACUAUGUGUACCAAGACCCCUACCGAGAUAACUGUUGCAUCUUGUGAAGCACUACAAAUGAUAUCAACAGUUGAAGUUGUGUGGGAUGAGUCUUGAGCCUGAGUGUGGUACCUAACCAUGCUUUUUCUGUAAGUUAUUAGGAACGGGGAAAUGGGAAUUUUGUCGGAUGUAAUAGCAUCAUUUUAGAAAGUGUCAUGCAAGCUAUGGUGGUUAUUUUAAAGAGAAAAUUAGGUUAUAGAAAUAAUUGAUUUUUACA